AUGGCGCUUGAACGGUUCUGGAAUUUAGAGAGAAUUGGAAUACACGCAGCCGAGAAAGAUGAAACAGCCAUUGAAUACCUUCAAAAUUACCAAGACAACUUCAUAUCGUUUUCCGAUGGCAAGCACUGUGCAAAAUUACCAUGGAAACAGGAUCACCAAUCGUUACCAAGCAGCUACGGUGUCACGAAGAGAAGGACUGAAGCCAAUAUCAAGCGUCUUAGUGAAGACCCCUUCAUCUUACAGAAGUACGCACAGAUUAUAGAAGAGCUGGAGAGACGAGGCUUUAUUGAGAAGGUCGCAAAAGAAUUCCAACCGUCCCAGCAAGUCCAUUAUAUACCCCACCAUGGCGCCAAGAAAGAUUCCCUCACUACACCCAUUCGAUUGGUGUACGACUGCAGCUGUCGACAAGCACGUGAAUCCCCGAGCCUAAACGACUGCCUUGAAUCUACUCCAACUAUCCUCAAUGACUUGACAGCUAUGCUCCUGAGAUUUCGAACACACCAGUACGCCGUAGUCACAGAUAUAGAGAAAGCGUUUUUGAACGUGAGCUUACACGAAAACGACCGAGAUUCGACGAGAUUGUUCUGGCUAAGUAACCCCAACGACCCUGAAAACCCAUUAAUCACCUUCAGGUUUAAAGCUGUAUUGUUUGGCGCAACUUGUUCGCCAUUUAUACUGAAUGCCGUCCUUCUGAAACAUCUACAGAUGAAUUCCUAUGUCAACGCCGCAGAUACAUUAAAAAGAGACCUGUAUGUAGACGAUGUUUUGUCGAGCUUUGCGCACGAGAUGGAAGCAUUAACCUACUUCCGGGAAGCACGCGAUUUGAUGACUACAGCCGGAUUCAACCUGCGGUCAUGGAUGUCAAAUACUCCCCGUCUUAGAGAACUCGCGGAAGCAGAAGGUUGCCUUGACCACGACACAAUCACCAAAGUCCUUGGUAUGCGUUGGCAAGCAGUUACAUAUGAUUUGUCAUAUGCACCACUUGAUAUACCUGCCAUAGAGAACGCUACUAAGAGAUCCAUCCUUCAAUACUCCUCCCGCAUAUAUGACCCUCUAGGACUGCUGAGCCCAGUGACCGUGCGAGCCAAGAUUUUGAUGCAAGAGAUAUAG